AUGGCUAGCCUCCGGAUCGACGAAACGAAUGGCACCGGCCAGUCCCCGGCUGCCGUGUGGCGGAGCCACGAGGCCAAGACCUUCGGCGCUCGGUCCAUGAGCGCCGUCGCCUGGGAGCUCGCCGUCCCGGAGGCGUUCCAGAACCACGAGUCGUGCUACGUCAUCGACGACUGCCUCACCAUACAUUGCACCGUGGAGGUCCUCCAGCAGCAGCUGCAGCAGCAGGACUCCACCGCCAUCAAAAACUGUCUCGUCCUCGUGCCACCGGCGCCGAGCAUCUGUCAGGACUUCUACAACCAUCUCAGGGAGAGGCGGUCGCCGGAGCCGGACGUGACCUUCAUCCUCGAGGACGACGGCACCGAGGUCCAGGCGCACAAGUUGCUGCUGGCCAUGCGGUCGCCGGUGUUUCGUGCCCAGUUCCUGCGCGGGGACAUGAAGGAGCGGAGCGCGCGGCGCCUCAAGAUCAGCGGCCUGACCGCCUCGGCUUUCAAGGCCAUGCUCUACUUUAUCUACACCGACAAGCAGCCUACACCGAACAGACGAAGAUGCCUCGUGGCCAUGGCACAGGACCUACUCGUGGCCGCGGAUCUCUACGACCUCGAGAGGCUGAGGCUCAUGUGCGAGAAGGUACUCUCUGAGAGCAUCGACGUAGGCAAUGUCAUGACAACGCUGAUGUUGGCCCAGGGCAGACAUAGCUGCCAGCAGCUGGAGGCAUCCUGCAUCGAGUUCAUGGUGUCUGACCCCGACGUGUACGACACCGUGGAGGCCACCGAGGACUACAAGGAACUCGAAAAGACAUGCCCCUCUUUUAUAAACGAGAUCACCAAGAAAGUAGCCAAGACCGCAGUUUCCCGCCACAGAUCUCGUUCUUCCACCAACAAUGGUAGCAAGAUGACAACGAGAAGCGUGUCAAAGUAUACCCCAUCGGUGAUGAUGAGCGGCACACACGAGUUCACCAUCCAAUGCUUGAGUGCCAUGAGAAAGACGCAUGGUGUGGGUCAGUACAUCCGAUCUGGUAGUUUUCAAGUUGGGGGUUAUGAGUGGACCAUAGAGGUGUUCCCUUCAGGAUAUAAACAGGACAUCACCGAUAGUAUUGGUAUCUUCAUCAGGCCCUUCAUUCCUGACGAUGAUACAAAGGUAGAAGCAUCAGUGACUUUAAAGCCCAUUGACCCCACAGGUGAGUUGCCGCCGUUUCCUCGCCGUAAUUUUAUGCACGUCUAUGCUGGCACGAACUGCGAGGGCUGGGGGUGGCCAAAGUUCAUCAUCGCAAAAUAUGCCAACACACACUACGUGGGACAUGACGGCUCUUUCACCGUACAAUGUCAAGUUGAGGUACCUACAGAGUCCCGCACUAGUAGCACCAUCGGCGUAGGCACCGUCAUGACGGUGCCACCGUCAAAUAUGGCAUGGCAUCUUGAGCAACUGUUGGUGAGGGAGGAGGGCUCGGACGUGAAGUUCCUGGUCGAGGACAAUGAGAUCUGCGCCCACGGGCUUGUGAUAGCGACGCGGUCACUAGUGCUACACGAGGCGGUGGAAUCAGCUAGCGGCAGAGACCAUGUAAGGAUCGAUGGAAUAAGAGCCAUGGCUUUCAAGGCCAUGCUCCACUUCAUCUACACUGACGAGUUGCCUCGUGUCGAUGACCUAGUCCAUAUGGUCGGAGAUAUCACAACGAUGGCCGGAGAGAUGCUCGCGGCAGCGUGCCGGUUCCGACUGGAGAGGAUGAAGCGGCUGUGCAUAAACUUGCUAGCCGAGAAGGUUACAACCGUGCUGAGUGCGCUGACCACGGCGAAGGUGGCACGACGUCACAACUGCCUGGAGUUGGAAGAAUACUGUAGGCAGUACAUGUCGUUGCCACACAUGACAAAUAAAGUUACAGAAACUUGUAUCAACCUGUUCUUAGAAUCUUAA